CGCACGAUACGCCGCGAACGAUCAACAUCCCUUGGCUAUACUUAAUCGUUAAGCUGACGCAGCUGCUCGUACUUUCGUCCUCUUCCAGACCGAGAGUGUAAAUCGAUCUUCAACGCUAGUGAAACUUACACGUACCUCACACGCAUUAGUACUUGCGUGACAUUAUCUCCUGCUGGGCUCUAUAUUUAGCUGUAAACACUAGAUAGAGAGAUCGAGUCUACCUACCUUUGAGCUUACAUUCAGGUUCGAGUUUUCUAAUUGCGCGAUGUGAAUUUUCUUGUUUCACAAACAGAGAACGUUAAUUGGAAAAGUAUUACAAAGUUCCGAAAGCACGACGUCCGAGAAACGCUCAAACUGCGUGCGAUGCUCUCCAAAUUUUUUGGAGUCAAAUUUCAUUUCGGAAAAUAGAUAAGUAAUCACCAAGUCACUCGAGUUUGACUUUUCACUCGGAUAGAGUGAGUUUUCCGCGCUCUGAGUCGUCGAGUGAAUAUUUCCACUCGAAAUUGAAGAGUAAAUCUGACAUACUCCAAUGUCACAGGUAGAUACUCUAAUCGAUUGAAACAUUCAGAUAUCAGAUGCAGAAUUCACUCCAAGUUUGAAUGGAACAUUUGCUUUUGCGAUUUCGAAUGAAACGAAGGAAACGAUAUUUCCACUAUCGCUUUGAAUACAACAAUUCUGCCACUUUUCACUCAUUUUAAGUGAGAUUCCGCGCGCUUCGCAAAAUUCCGAGAACAUUGUAUAAACACUCGAAACUUUUUCUUUUUUUAUUGUUUACACCCAUUGCGGCAACACAGACUCCGCACAGACUAUUUAUUAGGUCAACAAGAAGGAGAAGCCAAAAUUCACUCAAGCAAGUAUGACCUUUUGCAGAUAGAUGUAAUCGAUCGUUUUCUCAUUCUAACAGUGCGAAAAGGUCAAUGGAUGAUAAUGACGCCUGGUUGCGAUUCCGUAAUGGGCAACGUACCCUUGAUUAAAUUAAGCGGCGAUUUAAUGGCGACAGGAGAAAAGCGCGGCGAACCGCUCAUCAACGUCGCGAUAGGCAUCAGAGUGGCGUGGGCGGUGAUUUAUGAAUGAUAUUAUAAGCGGUUGGGCGCGCAUGCUUUCGUAUCAUCGUGCGUGAAUGAAACGAUGGUGACCUGUUCAUUCAUCCACACUGCGACGGAUGUUGAUGACAGAUCUGGUGAAGAAUACCGCGUAUUAUUGUAGAACCCAACGAGGACGCGUCCUUCUAGCCGAUAAACCGCGUAAUCCUACUUUGUUCCACUCUUCUUGCAAGCCGUUACGAGCGAGCCGCAAAUGUCCUUAUCACCUGUUGCGUAGCUGGUGUGUAAUUUUAACAAGCUCUCACGUUUCGAAACUUAGUACUCCGUAAGCCGAUAUUUCGAAAUAGAUUCCUUUUCUGCGCUUCAUGUAGUCAUAUACCUUAUCUAGACUCAUACGUAUUAUAAUGCGUGUCACUGUAUUACUAUACUUUACGUUCGCUCAUAGAAAUGGCGUAAUACAAUAGCGAUAACAUGAUGAUAAGAAGGUAGUGCUAUCAAGAAAAUCAGAAAAAUGCGAAAAACAAGCGGACAACUUCGUGGUAUAUACAUGCCACGAAUCAAAUCAACUGAAGCGGACCACGUAAGUAAAAAAAGAGGUAGCAGAAAGCGGUAGCACAAGCACAGCUGCGGAGAACGUCGUCGAAAAAGGAGAAGUCGAGGCAACCAAGGAGUGUGAGAAGGAGAAGGACAAGGACAAUAAGAAUAGCGACAAGAAUGAGAAGGAAAUAGAUACCGACAAGGAAAAAGAUGCCACGAAUGAACAGGAGGUCGUCUUCAUUCAGGACAUGGGUUUUACCGUCAAGAUCGUUAGCCCUGGUUCCGAGCCUUUCGACAUUCAGGUGUCGAGCAUGGAACUCGUGCAGGAGAUUCAUCAAUUACUCAUGGAUCGUGAAGACACGUGCCAUCGUACGUGCUUCUCGUUGCAAAUGGACGGUAACACGCUGGACAAUUUCGCCGAGCUGAAGAACAUCGAGGGCCUAAAGGAUGGUUCAAUCAUUAAAGUAGUGGAAGAACCGUAUACGAUGCGAGAGGCGCGCAUACACGUGCGACACGUGCGUGACUUACUCAAGUCCGUAGAUCCAGCGGACGCUUAUAACGGCGUCGAGUGCAGCAGUCUGUCAUUUCUCAACAUAGUCACGAACGGUGAUAUUUUGGAGAAAAAGAAGACCCGUGCGGACUCUGUUGAUUGCACGCCACCGGAUUACAUUACACCUGGUGGCAAGGACCGGCCGCUGUUACCGUUGCAGCCACAGGCGAAGGAGCAGAAAUGUCCGCCAUGUUUAAAAGUUCUAACGACAUCAGGAUGGAAUCCACCGCCCGGUCAUAGAAAGCUUCACGGCGAUUUGAUAUAUCUGCAUGUGGUCACUUUGGAAGACAAACAGUAUUACUUAACUGCAUGUGCUAGAGGUUUUUUCGUCAAUCAAUCUACCAAGGAAGUGUUUAAUCCAAAGCCGGCAACGCCGAGUCACCUGUGUCAUAGUCUUAUCGAGCUGCUCAAUCAAUUGAGUCCAGCGUUCAAGCGAGGAUUCGCCGCUAUGCAGCGACGUAGAACUCAGAGGCAUCCUUUCGAACGAGUUGCCACGCCUUACCAGCUUUACGCUUGGAGCGCGCCGCAAAUCGAGCACACUAUCGAUGCCAUUCGCGCGGAAGACACAUUCUCCUCAAAAUUGGGAUAUGAAGAACACAUCCCAGGACAAACUCGCGAUUGGAACGAGGAGUUGCAGACCACGAGAGAACUACCACGUAAAAAUCUUCCCGAGAGAUUAUUGCGAGAGCGUGCCAUUUUCAAGGUCCACAGCGACUUUGUAGCUGCUGCAACUCGCGGAGCAAUGGCUGUGAUCGACGGCAACGUGAUGGCGAUCAAUCCUGGCGAGGAGGCUAAGAUGCAGAUGUUUAUUUGGAAUAACAUCUUCUUUUCACUCGGCUUCGACGUGCGGGAUCAUUACAAGGAAUUAGGUGGCGACGCAGCGGCUUUUGUUGCGCCUCGCAAUGAUUUACAGGGUGUUCGUGUCUAUGCAGUUGUGGAUUUACCAGGUCUUUAUACUCUCGGCACUGUCGUCAUCGAUUACAGAGGCUACCGCGUUACUGCCCAAUCUAUUAUACCUGGUAUAUUAGAGCGCGAGCAAGAGCAGUCUGUAGUGUAUGGAUCGAUCGACUUUGGAAAGACUGUACUCACACAUCCUAAAUAUCUUGAAUUGCUGAAUAAAGCCGGGCAGCAGUUGAAGAUCCUCCCGCACAAGGUAAUUAACGACGCUGGUGAAGAAGUAGAACUUUGUAGCAGUGUGGAAUGUAAGGGAAUAAUCGGCAAUGAUUCGCGGCAUUACGUGUUGGAUCUAUUGAGGACCUUCCCACCAGACGUGAAUUUCCUUAAACUGGAAGGUGUAGAGCUGAGCAAGGAAGCGCGAGCCCUUGGAUUCCCCGUUGAGCACAAGCACAGAUUGGCCUGUCUUCGUCAAGAAUUGAUAGACUCGUUCGUCGAAGCGCGAUACGUUCAGUUCAUUAAGCACGCGGCUGUUCAUCUGCAACAGCUUACGUCAGCCAGAAGGUCUCAGAAGGAAAAGGAAACAACUGCAAAGGAAAGUAAGAAGGAAGAUUCAGCCACUACUGUAGCAACAGUUGACAGUAACAAAGAGGAUUGUACUCAAUCAUUGAUAGAAGCCGACGAAGCUAAGAAGAUUGUCGAGAGCAUUACUGAUUCGAUCACGGGCGGUGAAAAACAGGAACUGGAAGAAAGUACGAAAGAAGUCGUACGAAAAGCUGCAGCAGCGGUAGGCAGUUUGCGAGAGGCCGAAUUCGAUGUACGAUUCAAUCCAGAUGUGUAUUCGCCUGGUGUCAAGCAUCCUGAUCCUAAUGGCGCUGAUCUGAAGAAACAAAAGCAAUUAGUAAAGGAUGCUGCCGAUUUUCUGCUUACAGUGCAGCUGCCAACGUUCAUUCGAGAAUGCUUGGAUCACACGGCGGCAUCGAUGGACGGCGGUACGUUAGUAGAAGCUCUUCAUGGUAGAGGCAUUAACGUCCGGUAUCUCGGCAAAUUAGCAGCUAUGCUAGCCGCGGUACCGCAGUUGCAGUAUCUUAAUCACAUUGCUGUUUCGGAACUGAUUCUUCGAUCGGCUAAGCACAUUUUCACCUCUUAUAUGCAGGUAUUAAUAUUUAAGAAUAGAAAGGGAACAGAACUGAUGAGUCUAUCGGCAGCUGUUAGUCAUUUUCUGAACUGUUUGCUGUCCUCAGCCCAGAUUAUACAUCCGCAACAAAAUUUGGAAGAGCUUCAAAGCAAGGCUGCUAAACGUCGCAACAAACGUAAAGGCAGGAACAAUGGACCACAGCAGUCCGAGGUUGAAUGGGCGUCUUUAACACCUAAAUCACUAUGGCAGCAAAUAAAGAGCGAUCUAAAGGCUUACUACGAUUGGGAAACGCCGAGUCCGGAAUCAUUGGACGCUACGAUAGAGCACUUCCAUUUACAGAAGAUCUCGUUAUUACGCGGCUUCUGCAUUAAGACUGGUAUUCAGAUAUUGUUACGUGAAUAUAACUUUGAAAAUAAAAACCGGGUGACAUUCUUCGAAGAGGAUAUACUGAACAUCUUCCCCGUCGUCAAGCAUAUCAAUCCUAGGGCCAGCGACGCAUAUAACUUUUACACUACUGGUCAGAAUAAGAUUCAGCAAGGAUACCUAAAGGAUGGAUACGAGUUGAUCAGUGAAGCACUGAAUCUUUUGAAUAAUGUGUAUGGUGCUAUGCAUCCAGAGAUUGCACAGUGUCUGAGAAUGCUGGCACGUCUGAAUUAUAUAAUGGGCGAUCACGCGGAGGCGCUCGCCACUCAACAGAAAGCUGUUCUUAUGUCAGAGAGAGUCAAUGGCAUCGAUCACCCGUACACCAUUACGGAAUACAUACAUCUCGCCCUAUAUUCAUUCGCCAACGGUCAGGUAUCCGUAUCGUUAAGAUUAUUAUAUAGAGCGCGUUAUCUGGCUCUCUUAGUAUGCGGCGAAGAUCAUCCGGAAGUAGCCUUGCUUGACAGCAAUAUUUCGCUAAUUCUGCAUGCUGUCGGCGAAUACGACUUAUCCUUACGAUUCCUGGAACACGCGUUGACACUAAAUCUACGUUACCAUGGCGCGCGUUCGCUGAAAGUAGCGAUGUCAUAUCAUUUGGUUGCGCGUACGCAGUCUUGCAUGGGUGAUUUCCGUGCGGCGUUGAAUAAUGAGAAGGAGACAUACGCGAUCUACAAGCAGCAACUGGGUGAGGAACAUGAAAAGACAAAAGAGAGUAGUGACUGUCUUCGUCACCUGACGCAGCAAGCGGUUGUACUGCAAAAAAAGAUGAACGAGAUCUAUACGGGCAAGUCGAGCGUGAGCUUGCCGCCGAUCCAAGUGCAACCACCAAGUAUGGGUUCUGUGUUGGAUAUGCUUAAUGUCAUCAACGGCAUCCUCUUCGUGCAGAUCAGCCAACAAGACAUUGACAACUUUAAAGCGGAGAUCGAGAAACGGCAGAAAGAACAAUCGCCCUUUGCGGAUGGCGGCGGCGGUAGCAGUAGCGAAGCUAUCAACAAGACAAUUGAAGACAGUUGCAAGAAGGAUGAUAAGGAGAUAAAGACAUUGAAUGAUGUUACGGAGAGAAAGAUUGAGCCGAAGGUGGAAACAAACGAAGAUGGAAAGAAGCUGGAAUCUGACGAAGCAGCGACAUUGGAGCCGGUCGUUGCUGCAGAAAGCUGAGCCUUUUGCUCCAUCGUGAACAACGAACGAAUACUAGUAGUUUUUCCUUUCUCUUUUUUCUAAGCCCUAGUCCUUCUCCGAUGUGCCGUGCGUGCGCGCAGCGUUUUCAUCCCGAAGACUUACGACGACAACGAUAACUUCGAGCGGAAUCGAGGAUCGUCGUACACUUGAUUAUACGUUUGUUACUGUUUUAGUGCUGUUUAAAGAUCGAUUCAUACACCUAUAUCAGUGACCCAAUCAGUGUUGUGACUUUUCUUUGAUACACAUAAAUGGACAUGUUCGAACAUGUUAGACGUUAUAUCAUAUUUUUCGUUUUACUGUUUUCCCACACUGUCAUAUAAAGAAGAUUACGACGCUGAAAGAAUAAAUGUCAUCGAUACUGUGUAUAAAUCGAUCUUAUAGAACGUUUAGUCUGUCAAGCUAUGAGAACGAGAUUGCUACAAGAAGCAAAGUUACGACGUUUGUUGUCGAUGGCAUGUUUACGAAGAAGGGAAAUAUAUUCGCCGAGGUCGAAUUCUCAAACAAUGACUUCAGCUGAGCACGCAAAACGCACAUUCGUUUGUUAUACCAGAUGUAUAUAACGAAAUAGAGUGCCAUGUCGUUCGGAAAUUUAUUCAAUGCAAGCAUAGUUAGCGACAAGAUCAUUGAAAAACUCCUCGUCGCAAAAUCAAAGAGCAAUAUGUGAUUCUUUAAUCAUAUGCAUAACAACGUAACUUCACCGAGAGCUCGAAUACAUUCAUCGCAACAACGCAACGGCGAUAAGUGAUCAUUGAUGAUAGAUCGGUGAAUCUGUUAACCCUCGAUAACAUUCGAUACACGCGAUUAAACAGCGAAUUCGCAUUAGAUUCCAAAAACUGAUUUUUUUCUAUCACUUUCCUUUUAUUUUAAUUCGCGUUUAAUUUUAUACUAGUGUCUUUUUGUGAGAUCAUUGUUUUCUUUUCUACUAUGUUAUUAUCAUGUAUCGCUCAAUUUUAAUUGCCGAUAAGAAAGAUUUUUUCGGCUUUGUUAGCUUUUAAUUUGACACUAAACGCAUGAAACUCAAUUUGUCCAUUUACAUAUAAAACUGCUGAGAAAUCGAUCAAGUUACAAUGAUCUCAGAUAUUUUGACGUGCCUAUGCAUUCUAUAAAAAAUAGGAGUUUUAUUCAAGAGAACUUUAAACAAAUUCUAAAAAAAUACGAUGUAUUUUAAAUUUUCCUGAAAAAAGUUGUGUCAAAUUAAGGGUUAAACUAUAUUCGCGCGAAAAAAUGUGCUUCCAAUUACUUUCACGAAUAAUCUCGAAUUUUUUAGAUCUAUAAUUCGUGACAAAAUUCUGUUUGAAUUCUGUUCUUGCACGCAAUAUAUAAUAAAGAAGCAAUUCGAUGAUUUGGUUACGUUUGUAACUGUAUAUAUAAAUACAUAUACAUUUACAAAUCUUCGAGUUUUUCUUAUAUUAUAGUGCCCAUAAAAUUGUAAAUAGUAUUCCGUUCCGUAUUAUAGAUCUCGUCUUAAACGCGCUUUACCCUUAAUAAAUAUACUUAAUUAUUAUAAGGUGUUUAUUACAUCGUAACAUACACACACAUAUAUACAUCACCCCUUGAUAUUCUCGGUCUUAAAGAUGUGGUGAUAAAAAUACAACGUAAGAAAUGGCAUUAUCGCAUAUCCCAAUCAUGUUCAUGAAUAGAGUAUGCGGGAACUGAUCAUUAGUGAAGUUACCGUGAUUGUAGUUUGACUUGAAGGUCGCUAGCGUUUUGGCAAUUAUAGUCUUUAGCUCAUAAGAGAAAAUGAGAAUCGAUUGUUACCAAGUUGUUUAUAUCCAUUUUUGUUCGUUGUGUUAGUUCUGCUUUGUUAGAUCUAUCCGCGGUUUGGUUCAAUAUUUAUCUUCUUUUCUUUUUUUUCCAACGUGUGUGUGUGUGUAUAUAUAUAUAUAUAUAUAUAUAUAUAUAUAUAUAUAUAUAUGUAUGUAUGUAGGUGUUUUGUCGCGAUUUAAUUAUCGAGCAGAAGAUGAAGUGAACGACAGUGAAGUAGUCGCAAGAUAUCAUUGAUUACCGAAAAUAGUGCUGAUUAAUUUUGACCUCUCGUAGAUUUUAAGCAAUUUAGGCCUGAGAAGAAGAGCACCGUUGCCUGCAAUAGUAGUAAGAAUAGAAUGAACGAGCGAUCGAACGAUCAAAUUAUCGCUGUGCUAAGUGAUGUAUCAUCACAAUGUACGAUCUCUUUUCGACGAGCUCUCAUUCGCAUCGCAAUAACAAUAAUAACAAUAAAUUACUACAUUGCACUUGUUAGCCAAGUUGUAUUAUAAAAAAAGGAAUAUAACUGAUUAAGACCUA